AUGUCGCAUGCUUCGUUGCGUUGUUCCUGCGGAGUUGAAGUAGGCGGAAAUUUCUCAUUAGUCCGGGCAGAGUUGAGUUGGCUGUCGUGUUCCGGGUCCGUGCGAUGCUUGGCUCCGAGACGCUCGCAGGUCGGCUACUUGAGUCUGGGUGAGGUUCUGAGCGGCUGUGAGUUCGUCGAAGCGUGCGGCUGUCCCUUGGGCGAGGUGGUUGAUCUGAUUCAACAUUGUUUGAAGUAUUGCCGAGACUUUGGAGGUCGCCCAAGAGUUUGGCGUGCUUCUUUCUCCAUUGCCUGUCGAAGGCGGUUCGGCUGCGGGGGUGCUGAUCGUUCGGGGGAGUUCGACGGACGAGUCGACUGCCCUUCCCUCUCCUGUGGUUGGCCUGACAUUCUCUCUUACUUCCUGAAUUGUAGAAAGAAAUUCCUAGUCCCCUCAGACGGCGCCAAAUGUAAGUGGUGA